AUGUUAGUCACUGAAUGGCAGCUGACUGUGACGGCACACGACCGGCUCGGCAACUCAAUACUGGAAGUUUCGCGAUUUUUUCGUAACAUCAGUUCACACUCUCCCAUCACGGAUAUGACUAUAGAGGCUAAAAAUGUGACAGUCAGUUUCUCAUUUUCUGUGGAGUGCGAGGAGAAUUUUUUUGGGCCGGCUUGCACCAUAUUCUGCAAUGAAACGUUCAAAGAUCAGAAUGGAGGUUCGUUCAAAUGUUCACCUGACGGGAAGAAGAUUUGCGAGCAUGGAUGGAGUGGUCCACUAUGCAAUGAACCGCAAUGUGAUGGGGACUGCAUCCAUGGGACAUGCAUCGGUCCCAAUACAUGCAGGUAUGACAAGACAUCUUGGAAAUCGAGUUUUGAUUUAGAACUUCUAUUGCGCAAGAAAUUUAUUUGAUU